AUGGCACGGGAACGUCUCGGCCAGGUGGCCUCCCACCUUGAAUCUGGAGCCAGGAAGGGCUCGUCCAUCACCGAGAAGCAGCCGGAUGAUAUCGUUGUGACGUGCGCGCUGCGGACUGCCUUCACCAAGGGCGGCAAGGGUGGGUUCAAGGAUACCGCGGCGGCAGAUCUCUUGACGGGGGCGUUCAAGGCGGUGAUUGAACAGAGUGGAAUCAAGCCUGGCCUGGUUGAGGAUAUUGCUGUCGGCUCGGUGCUGCCUCCUGGCGGCGGGGCGACCGAGUUCCGUGCUGCCGCCCUGGUGGCGGGUUUCCCUGAGGACACCGCUGUGCGGAGUCUCAACAGACAGUGUUCCAGUGGUCUUCAGGCUGUGGUGGACAUUGCCAACGCCAUCAAGUCGGGAAUGAUUGAGGUUGGGAUUGGGGCGGGGGUGGAGAGCAUGUCACUUCAAUAUGGACCGGGUGCUGUGACGGAGUUCUCUGAACUGCUCGAGAGCCAUCCUGAGGCGGCCAACUGCAAGGUCCCGAUGGGCAUGCUUUCGGAACAGAUGGCCAAGGACCGCAAGAUCACCCGUGCGGCGCAGGAUGCAUUUGCGGCGUCGUCGUAUCAAAAGGCCGUCAAGGCUCAGCAGGGCGGGCUGUUCAAUGAGGAGAUCGUUCCCCUGCAGGUGCAGUGGACGGACCCGAAGACGGGCGAGGAGAAAACCAUCACGGUCAAGGCGGACGAUGGCAUCCGUGACGGGAUCACGGCCGAGUCGCUGGGCAAGAUCCGCCCUGCGUUUGCCAAGGACGGGUCCAUCCACGCGGGCAACGCGUCACAGAUCUCGGACGGCGCGGCGGCUGUUCUUCUCAUGAAGCGGUCGACUGCCGAGCGGUUGGGCCAGAAGAUCGUGGGCAAGUUUGUCGCCGCCAGCGUUGUGGGGGUCAAGCCGCUGCUGAUGGGCGUGGGGCCGUGGAAGGCCAUCCCCGUGGCGCUGGCCAAGGCGGGCAUCUCCAAGGACGAGGUCGACAUCUACGAGAUCAACGAGGCGUUUGCCUCGCAGUGCGUCUGGUGCGUCAACGAGCUGGGCCUGCCGCUCGACAAGAUCAACCCCAAGGGCGGCGCCAUCGCCUUCGGACACCCGCUUGGCUGCACGGGGGCGCGGCAGGUCAGCACCCUGCUGACGGAACUGAAGCGCACCAACAAGAAGAUCGGGGUGACUAGUAUGUGUGUUGGGACUGGCAUGGGCAUGGCAGCCGUCUGGGUUGCAGAGUAA